AUGGGUCGGGAUAUUGUUAAUGAAGCAUGUCGUGAUGAUCCUGGGAAACGCAGUAGAUUAUGGCUUUUGGAAGAUGUUGAGGACAUAUUUUGUUGCAACACGAUAAAAGUUGUUUAUGGAACGGAUGCAGUAGAGGCCAUAGUAUUGGACUUCCCCCCACCAGAAGUGAUAAUCAUCAAUCCUGAUGCUUUCACAAAUAUGAAAAAGUUGAGAAUACUCAUUUUGCUCAGAGUGCAUAUCUCUUCACAAGCUCAAAAUUUUAGCAAGCUGAAGUCCAUCAAUUUCAGUGAAUGCAAGUCCCUGGUUAGUAUUCACGACCUGUCAUCGGCUCCAAAUAUGGAGAAAUUGAUUCUUAAUAGGUGUGAGAGCUUGGUGGAGGUUCACCCAUCCGUUGGAUAUCUUGUCAAGCUAAAAGUUUUGUCACUAGAAUUGUGCUCUAAUCUUAGAAAUUUUCCUAACACGCUGAAGACUAAAUCUCUUGAAACCCUUGAGCUCCGUGGUUGCUCUAAACUUGAGAAGUUCCCAGAUAUAGACGGAAAGAUGGAACAUCUGAAAAGACUUGAUCUACGUGGGAUAGCUAUUAAAGAACUCCCUGCAUCAAUUGAAAAUCUUGUCUCUGUGGAGUUGAUGGAUUUAGCAUUUUGCAAAAACCUCAUGAGGCUUCCUUCGCACAUUUAUAAGUUGCAAAAUCUCGAGUAUUUUAAUCUUGAGAGCUGCUUGAAUUUAAUUACGUUUCCAAAAAACAUGGAGGAUUCAACUGAUCCUGAUGGCCAUCUGGGAUUCCGAAAACUAGUGUACCUGAAACUUGAUUGGUGCAAUCUAUCAGAAGUACAGUCCCUUGAGAGUUUUUCCAAUUUUCUUGAAUUGAAGUAUCUACGACUUCAAGAUAACAAGUUUGCUGGUUUGCCAACAUGCAUAAACAAGUACUAUCGUUUGAAAAGCUUGAUUGUUGACGGAUGCGAGCUACUACAAGAGAUUCCUCAGCUUCCACCAAAUAUCGAUAUACUAUCAGCAGAUCGUUGCAAAUCUCUGCAAAAACUCCCAGAUUUGUGGGGUCAACCCUCCCACAUCGGGUGGGUUAGCCUGGCUUCAUGUUGUGAAUUAUUCCACAAAGGGAUCAAUAUGGAUGAUGUGGCUAAUGUGUCAUUACUCGAGAAACUGCCAAAGAUGAAAGAUGACGUUGACAUUGUCCUAAUUGGAAGAGAGAUGCCUAAAUGGAUUCUCCCCUGUGAAGAGGAUUCCAUAUCUUUCAUGGUUCCCCGGGACUUGUAUGACAAGCUCAAAGGACUAGCAUUCUGUGUUGUUCUCAGCCCGGAGGAAGGAAAAGUGGUCCGUUAUUCAUGUGAUUUUAAGAUACUUGUUAAUGGCCAAACGGUGAUGGAGGGCAUGAGAUAUUUUUUUGCGAUGGAAUCUGACCAUGUGUGCCUUAGUUAUUGGUUAAAGAGUUGUAAGGAUGGACUGCCAAAGGAUUGGAGCCAUUUCCAACUUUGCCUCAGAGCAGAGAAAGGAAGCAUAAAGAAGCGUGGACUCCGUCUAAUAUGCGAGCAAAGGGAGGAUGAUCUAAGGGUGGUGUUCCCAACACCAUCAACUGACAGAAACAAAUUGGAAUUUUCAAGGGAAAGAUACUCGAAAGACAAUUUUCAAUGGACCAGUCCGGUUGAAAGAGAUGGGGACAGCUUGUCACUUUUAACGAAGAAGAUCUUGAUCGUCUAA